AUGGCAUCGACUCUUGAAGAAUCGAUCGGCUUUACAUCUAUCUAUCUAUCUAUCUAUCUAUCUAUCUAUCUAUCUAUCUAUCUAUCUAUCUCAAUCAUUAUCGAUGUAUGUAAGUAUCACGUUCUCUUCCUUAUCUAUCCGUCUAUCUCUCUAUAUAUCUAUCUGUCUGGUUCAAUUCAUUAUCUAUCUAUCUAUCUAUCUAUCUAUCUAUCUAUCUAUCUAUCUAUCUAUCCCAGUUCUGUUCCUAUCUAUCUAUCUAUCCCAAUGAUUAUCGAUGUAUCAAAUGUUUCUUUUCCGCCAAAAAUACUUGCUCCGCCUUUUCUUCUUCUUCUUCCUCCUCCUUCUCUUUUUCUUUUCUCCUUCCUCUUCUUCCUCCUUUUCUUAUCCUUCUUCUUCCUCUACUUCCUCCUCCUUUUCUUCUUCUUCAUCCUCCUCCUCUUCUCUUUCUUCUUCCUCUAA